AUGGCCUCAGCAAAAGUUUACCCAUGUAUCAUCAAUGGUGAAGAAGCCGGCACUAGCAAUUUUGCCGUCACCAGCCACAGCAACCCCGAUGAAAUCAUUCACCAUUUUGCACAAUUAUCAGUCAGCGGUGAAAACAUCGCCGCGAUAGCAGCUAACGCCAAGCAAGGUUUGAAAGACUGGACCGCUACCCCUGUCCCUAAGCGAGUUGCCAUCUUCAGGAAAGCAAUGGACCUCAUCAAGGAGAGGAGACAGGAGAUUUUUAACUCGCACAUGGAGAUUGGUGGACCAACUUGGUUCGCCAACGUUAACGUUGAUGGAUCCUUGGGACAGAUUGAAGAGUAUGCUUCGCAAAUGUCGAGACCCGAAGGACAGAUUGUGCAAUCGGGACACAAUGACUUGGCCAUGGCCGUGAAGAGCGCCAUUGGUCCAGUCUUGUCGAUUUCGCCAUGGAAUGCACCAGUGAUCUUGGGCACGAGAUCAAUCUGUGCUCCUUUAGCUGCUGGAUGUUCAGUUGUGUUCAAGUCGAGUGAAAAAUCCCCCGCCGUCUCCUAUUUGUUGGUCAAGUGCUUCUUGGACGCUGGUGUUCCUCCAAAGGCCUUGCAGUUGGUUCACGUUGCACCUCAAGAUAACCCCAAGUUUUUGGAACAAAUCUUGGCUACUGGCGUCAUUAGAAAAGUCAACUUUACCGGUUCAACUGGCGUUGGUAAGAUUAUUGCUCAAGAGUGCUCCAAGUACUUGAUUCCAUACCUUUUGGAAUUGGGCGGUAAGAAUGUUUCCAUUGUUCUUGAUGACGCUGAGUUGGGUGCUGCUGCUGGCAAGAUUCUCUUUGGUGCCUGGGCACACAAGGGUCAAAUCUGUAUGAGUACCGAUAAAGUGUUUGUUGAUGAGAAAAUCUACGACCAAUUCACUGCUGUGUUGAAGAACGUUGCCGCUGAGAUGGUCAAGAACCCAGACCAGAAAAUCAGUCAGAGAGAUUGCUUGGGAAGAGACAAGGUCUUGCAAUUGGUUGAAGACGCCUUGGCUAAAGGCGCCAGCUUGUUGUUUGGCGAGUUCAACAAGGAAGAGAUUUUAAAGACCAACGUGAUACCGCCAAUGAUUAUCGAGGGUGUCACCGCGGAAAUGGACAUCAACUUCACCGAGACUUUUGGUCCUGUCUUCACCAUCCACAAGUACUCCAACAUCGAUGACGUUGUUGAGGAAGUCAAUGAACACGAUUUCGGUUUGAAAGCUGCUGUCUGGUCCAAGAACCACAUUAGAGCUUUGAAGUUGGCCAAGAGAUUGGAGAUUGGCGGUGUUCACAUCAACUCGCCUACUGUGCACGACGAAGCUACCGUUCCUCACGGCGGUGUCAAAUCUAGUGGUUGCGGUAGAUUCAACAGUCAAUGGGGUAUGGAUGAAUUUAUGAUUAUCAAGACGAUUACGAUUCAUGAGUAA